AUGGACUCGCCCAAUUAUGCGCAGCAUUCCGCCAACGACCUCGGUAAAACGACGCAGGUUUUCUCGAUCCAGCCGAAGACUGCUAGGCCACCUACUGCGGCCAUGGCUGGGGGCGAGGCUGCGGCUGCUAGAGAGAAAACGACGAGGAUGCUGCAUGAAAGGAUGAAGAAAGCCAUCGCGACACAGAACGACGGAGUGAAGAGCAUGCAGGUCGAGUCGCUGGUGCAUGCCGUCAUGUCAGCCGCCAUCGAAGCAUUGAAGACAGACGCACAGCCCGUUCGAGACGCCAUCAAGCUCUUCCUGGAUGAUGAGAAACGGGAAUACAAGAUAGAUGACUGCGUCCGCUGGCACCUCCUUCUGCGGGCGGUGCGGACCGAUCAGAACCCGAACCAGCAGGUCGUCGCUGCCAUGAAGGCUCUCGGCAAGCUCAUCGUCGAGGCGAGGCCGUACCUCGCCUUCGAGAACCCGUACGACCCGGAGGAGGCGAAGAAGUUCUACGAGGACCAAUGCUUGCUCAAGUCUGUCCACAGAGACGCCAAGCAGAAGGAAAUCAUCUUCAACGUCGCGGCGCAAUGCGGCAACGCCGAGGUCAUCGCCGCCAUGCUCGAGCACGGCCGCAAGCUCUACGAUCUGCACGAGCCCGCCACACACGAGUUCAAAGCGCACUACGGCGGACCAGAUUUCUUGGACAAGCCGUGCUCGCUGCUGGAUCUCGUUUUGGAGGCGAAUCCCUAUUCCUCCGUCAACAAAACUGCCUUGUGGGAGGCGGCGAUGGCAGAAAAAGGCUCUGUCGAGACGGUCGAGGCGCUGCUAAAGGUGGAAGGCCUAGCGACCAAUAACACGGCGCUCAGCUGCUUCCGUGACGCCGUGGAGAAUGGUCUGGAUGGGGUCAUACGCAAGUACCUCGACUACAACUCAAAGAAGCCGGUGGCGAACGGCACGUCCAGCCACGGCGGUAGCGACGCUACUAGUCUCUUCGCCACCAGCGACAACAUCAUUUUGGCCAUUGAGCAUAUAGAGACGAAGAUGCCGGUCAAAAAGAGGAGCAAGUCCAAGCCCGCAAAUCUCGAGACGACCAGACGCAACAUCGUUCGAGACAUCGUCGGCGCCGUUAAAGAUACGGCUACCUUCAACGCCAAAGUCGUUCAGUCCAUCAUCCAGCGCGACUUGAUGGAGAUCUGGCCCAAGACGGGCGUCUCCAAGAGCCUCGAAAAGUCCCUGAUCCACCUCGCUGUCUUCUAUCAGAAGCCCGACUUCGUGGAGAAGUUCGUAAAGGAGCACCCAGACUCAUUGUGCGAGAGGUGUGCCUUAUCUGGCGAAGGGCUGGCUGCCACUCAGAGCGAAAAGGCAAAGAAGUAUGCCCUAUGGUACAACAACAACAGGUGGGACGAGGGAAACGGCUUUGUGCCGUGGCCUAGGCAGCAGAAAGAUGCCACUCUGGUUGGGGCGGCAAAGGAUCGGGCCAGGAUACGCGACCUGAUUGUCGCCAAGACGAUUGAAGUUGUGGAUAACAUGGGGACGCUCUCGGAUAUCUUUCACGACUCCAACGAACCCUGUGAGCAAUACCUCUUCCACCCCCCCUUCAGCAUGGCCCGCACCCAACCUUUUCAAUGGUACCUACUCAGACGGGCCUGGCUUGACACCGCUAACCCCUGGCCUUUCCCUCCAGUUGGCGAUCUCUGCUUUGACAUUUCCCGAUUUAAUUCGGCGACCUAUGAAGUAUCAGCCUUUGUGGACUCCCUAAUCUUGCACAGCCAGAACCGGGACCUCCUAAAGUACGAGCAGACGCUACGCUAUGUCGAGUUCCCACCACUGGACUUGAUGGCUAAGGAAAGGGAAGCGUUGUGCGAGAAUUCGCAUUUCACGAAAAGCCACCGUGAGGUCUUCAGGAUUCUCAAGUGGCUGUGGGAAAAGAAUGUGAGGAAGAUCAUCAAACUCAAGAUACCAGACAGAUUGCUCAACCCACACGACGACGAGGAGAUGGCGAUGUGGGUGGACAAGUUCGAGGUGGAGGUUCUCGACUGGAAAGUGCUUGACCUCUGCAUCUCUGGCCUCGAAAAAGGCACCAAAGGCCGUAUCAAGGAGCUGCACCUUUACUCGAGCGGCAGUCGCGUCGUCAUCAAUGAUUGGUUCGGCGAAGACGGCGUCAAGAAGUUUGGCGAGGCCCUCGAGGAAUUUGGAAUACUUGACGGCAACUACUGA